UUAGAAGGGAAAGAUGGCGACACCAAUUUUCCUUACUAUUGUAGCUUAAAAUGUGCCUUAUAAUUCAGUGCACCUUAUGUAUUAAAAUAGACCAAAAAAAUAGAUGUCACUUGAUAGUGCACCUUAAAGUCUGUAAAAUAAGCUUUGGAGCAUUGCUGUGAGGAUUUGAUUGCGUUCAGUGAUGAGUUGUAGUAAGGUCAGGAUGUUGGAUGGUUUUCUAUUAAAUUGGCAUCACUUCUCUCUACAGCGAAUAGACAAACUGUAAGUGUCCGUUUGCACAUAUGUGUUAGCAAUGCGUGCAGCCUAAAGCAUCUGAAUUCAGUCAAUUGAAAUGGAUGUACUUUUAUCCUGGCACACUGACAUCAUUGCUUUUGUAGCUUUUGGCAAAGUUGCCGCUGAAAUCUCGGAAAAAAGGCGCACAGAUGCGCAAAUAUGGCAACCUGAAAAAAAAAAAAAAAAAGGUUUCUCAGUAACUCAACCUACAUAAAGAGCAAAGAACUGCAGCAGUGAGGCAGUUUCUGACACUCAGGUUAAUUCCACAAUGACUAAGCUAUUUUUUUCCCUCCACAUUUUGUCCUUUCUUCUUUUUUUUUUUUUUGUAUUUCAUGGCCGAAGGGUUCACGUGGCAGGAACACGCAUGAGCUGUAUUACCUGACGAUGCAGCGGGCGGUGGAGAAGAUGGAGCAGCUGGAGAAGGGGGCGAGGCGGAGGCUGAGGGUUUGCGUGGCCACCUGCAACCGAGCAGAUUACUCCAAACUCGCUCCCAUCAUGUUCGGACUGAAGGCCCAGCCUGAGCUGUUUGAACUGGAGGUGGUGGUCCUCGGCUCCCACCUCAUCGACGACUAUGGGAACACCUUUCGCAUGAUUGAGCAGGACGACUUUGACAUCGGCUCCAAGCUGCACACUAUAGUUCGCGGAGAGGACGAGGCGGCUAUGGUAGAGUCGGUCGGCUUGGCGCUGGUCAAGCUCCCCGAUGUCCUGCAGCGUCUGGCACCAGAUGUUCUGGUUGUCCACGGCGACCGAUUUGAUGCGCUGGCUCUUGCCACGGCGGCGGCGCUCAUGAAUAUCCGCAUCCUGCACCUGGAGGGCGGCGAGGUCAGCGGCACCAUCGACGAUUCCAUUCGCCACGCCAUCUCCAAACUGGCGCACUACCACGCUGUCUGCACGCGCUCCGCCGAGAGCCACCUCAUCGCCAUGUGUGAAGACCAUGACCGAAUCCUGCUGGCCGGAUGCCCAUCGUAUGACAAGCUGCUCAGCGCUCACCAGAGAGAAGACUACGUGGACAUCAUCAAGGCUUGGCUCGGUGACGAUGUGAAGGAACAGGACUACAUUGUGGCGCUGCAGCACCCUGUAACUACCGACAUCAAGAACUCUAUAAAGAUCUAUGAGCUGAUGCUGGAUGCUCUCGUUUCCUUUAAUAAGAAAACACUCAUCCUCUUCCCCAACAUAGAUGCUGGCAGUAAAGAGAUGGUCCGUGUGAUGAGGAAGAAGGGGAUUGAGCAGCACCCGAACUUCCGCGCUGUGAAGCACGUGCCGUUCGAUCAGUUCAUCCAGCUGGUGGCGCACGCUGGCUGCAUGGUGGGCAACAGCAGCUGUGGGGUCCGCGAGGCCGGAGCCUUCGGGACGCCGGUCAUCAACCUGGGAACACGGCAGACUGGACGAGAGACUGGGGAAAACGUGCUUCAUGUACGAGACGCUGACACUCAAAAUAAAAUCUACCACGCCCUGGAGCUGCAGUUUGGCAAACGCUACCCCUGCUCUAAGAUUUAUGGUGACGGUAACGCGGUUCCCCGUAUCCUGAAGUUCCUGCAGUCCAUCGACCUGGCAGAGCCGCUGCAGAAGAAGUUCUGCUUCCCAGCUGUGCGAGAGUGCUGCUCUCAGGACAUCGACCACAUCCUGGAGACCCAGAGCGCGCUGGCCGUCGACCUGGGAGGAACCAACCUGCGCGUGGCCAUAGUUAGCAUGAAGGGUAAAGUCUUGAAGAAGUUCACUCAGCCAAACCCAAAGACCUAUGAGGAGCGGAUAGAGCUCAUACUGAGCAUGUGCAAACAGGCCAUCGCCGAGGCCAUCCACCUGAACUGCCGGAUCCUGGGAGUCGGAGUGAGUACAGGUGGGAGAGUGAAUCCUCAGGAUGGGGUGGUGCUGGACAGCACUAAGCUGAUAAACGAGUGGAGUGGUGUUGACCUGCGCGCUCCAGUCUCCCACGCUCUGCACCUGCCUGUGUGGGUGGAUAAUGACGGAAACUGCGCCGCUCUCGCCGAGAAGAAGUUCGGCCACGGAAAAGGCGUGGAGAACUUUGUCACCGUCAUCACGGGCACAGGAAUUGGAGGGGGUAUUAUUCAGCACGGAGAGCUGAUCCAUGGCAGUACGUUCUGUGCCGCAGAGCUCGGACACAUCCAGGUUUCUCUGGAUGGGCCGGAGUGUUCGUGCGGGAGCCAAGGCUGCAUCGAGGCCUUCUCCUCCGGCCUGGCCCUGCAGAGAGAGGCCAAGAGACUGCACGAUGAUGAUGUGCUGCUGGUGGAUGGGAUGAGUGUGAACAAUAAGGAGCAGGUGAGCGCUGUCCAUCUCAUCAACGCUGCUCACCACGGCAACCCCAAAGCAAAGGCAGUACUGCACACAGCCGGCACGGCUCUGGGCGUCGGGAUCGUGAACAUCCUCCACACGGUGAACCCGUCUCUGGUCAUCCUGUCGGGAAUUCUCGCUCAGCACUACGAGGGUCCGGUCCAGCAGGUCAUCGGCCGGCGGGCCCUGUCCUCCACCAGGGACGUCAAGGUCGUGACCUCCGACCUGGAGGAGCCCGCUCUGCUGGGGGCCGCCAGCAUGGUGCUGGACUACGCCACCCGCCGCAUAUACUGACGCACUCAGCCAAUCAGUACACUCGCUCUGAGGCGAGGAGCCAAUCGGGAGCCACAGGCUCAGACAGAGGGCCAAUGAAACACUGUGUGUGUCUGUCUGGAACUGUCAACUGUUACCUGAGGUGUUCCAAGAACUUUGCUGCUGAAGGUCUCCUGUGUUUUAUUUUUUAUGUUUUUUUUCUUGAAAUAUUUAUUUUGAAGGGCGUUUCUGAUCAUGUGAUGAUGAUGAUGAUGAUGAUGUGAUUGGUCAAACAUUAGUGAGCACAUCAGCUCAUCCUUACAGUGGAGUGUCGGUGCUUUCGGACAGUAUUUGGGAUCAACGUUUCUGAGUCUUAUUUUAGUAUUUUAUAUAAAGUGCAUGGGAUGUCUGUUAGAUCUGAUAAAUUACGCCAUAAAGAGAAAAUGUGUCAAUUUUGGGAUUUUGGAAUAAUAGAAGCUGUCCAAAAUCUGUUCAGCGUAAGUUACACUAAACAUUACAGCGUAAUAAUUCAGCGUUUGAGAUCAGAUUGAGGGUUUUGGUGUAAAAUUUUGGUUUACUUUGAUUUCUCUACAGUAGGGUCCAAACAUCCAUGCACUGUAUUUAGUAUACAAAGCCAAUCAGUGGGGCUUCAGUAAUUAGUCGACGUAAUCGUUAACGGCAACUAUAAAAAUGUGUCGACACAGAAUUACAUUGUUGAUGCGUUAAUUAAUGUAUUAUAAAUGUAAACACACCAGAUAAAAGACAAAACAACACCCGUACUCACUUAUACAUUUAAACAUAUUAUCAGCAUUUAAAUCUUUAAAUGCCACUUUUAGUGCCUUCUGUUGUCUUUGAAGCGAUAGACUGAAAGCAAGUUCCCUUCAGCUGCAGCCAGGGUUGCCAAGUCCUGCAAAAAAAUUAAUAAAUAAUCCUGCCUAAAAUCUGUCUAAAACAAUCCACCUGUCAGAAGCAUAAACUAGUCCACCAUCUAAGAUUGCGACAGAUGCUCACAACACUAUACAUAUUAAUUUUUAAUCGUUUGUAAUUAAGGUUUGCAUUUUGGGGGAUGCGAUAAUAAAAAUAAUAAAAGUAACCUUUUUCAAUUUUCAAUCGUGACUCAAACAACACAAAAAAAUUCGGCGGGAAAACCGUGGAUGUGGCAACUUAGAUUACAAAGGCAAUUCAAGAGCGCAAUACAAAGUGAAAUAUAAAUACUAAAAGAUGUAAAUACUAUAAGUAAAUAUAAACCGUAUUUUUCACACUAUAAGGCGCACUAUCAAUAAACAUCUAUUUUUGGGUCUAUUUUCUUACAUAAGGUACACCGCAUUAUAAGGCGCAUUUUAAGCGACACUAGUAAGAAACAAUGUUUUCUCCAUGUUUUUAAUAUAAUCACAAGUUUUCUUUAUUUGGGUGAGUAAAGUGCUUCCGUUCAUUUACAGUGAGCUUUGAUUUUCAAUAUUUUUCUAGCCGUCGUUAGCAGCAGCGCUAGCGGUUUAUCCCAGGUAGCUUGUUCUAACACGAUAAACAUGCAGGAUACAGUCCUAUAUACUCAACUCUGAACAGUGCUGGAGAAACUUCACUGAAACGCCUUUUACUGUAACGCUGUACUAUAAAACAAAUGUCAGUCCAGAGUGUGUACCAAUACACACACAAAAAAAGUGAAUUAAUUGCAGUGUUUACAAUAGAUAAGAUGGGACUGGUAUUAGCUCAUAGUCCUCAUUAGAAGACUCUGAUUGUAUUGGUGACAAAACAACCUACCAUAUUUUGUCACACUGUGAGGCGCACUGAAUUGUAAGGUGCAUUUUGUGCCACUAGUAAGGAACAGUGUGGCCAUGUUUUUCUGCCAAAUUCAGCAGGUGGGUGGGUAAGUUAAGUCAAACGAAUGCUGGAUGUUAAUCUACACAGAUUUCUCUGUUUAUUUGGCUGAGUAAAGCCUUUCCGUUUAUUUACGGUAAGCUUAGAUUUUCAGUUUUCCACUAAGGCUGGGUGCAGCAGCAUUAGCAUUAGUGGCUAACUGCUGCUUGCCGCGGUUAGCGCUAGUAAACUCUGCCCGCAUGACGAUUUUUGGAAAAAUUUAAAGCUCACCUUCCGCGAAAAUCCGAUUUUUCUUGUUUUUUGUGGAAUACAGUAGGUCUCUCCGAGUUGAAUGUGUACACCUGCACAUUAAACUGUUUUGCAGCCCCCAUUGUCUGCAGGAGCUAAGCAAAGAAAUCCCCCCUCCCCCCCUCCGAAAAACGGGUGAAUUUUGAAUUAUCUUUCUGCCUACGUAGGCAGAAACUCACAGACCAGCCCACCUUGGCUCGAGAAACUCCCAGAGGCGGAGCUGAAGCGACGCAACAUCACCGCUCAUCAGUUAGGAGGUGGGAGGCAGUGAGCGGCAGAGCGGUGGAGGGGCGUCGCAGUGCUCCUAGCCAAUCAGAGGAGAGAUAUUUGCAUGGUGUUUGCAUGUAUGAAUAUUCAUGAGCAAAGCUGGAAUCCGGUCAUUUUGGACACACCCCUAAAACAGUCCAUUAAAAAAGAGCUAUACAGAGACACCUGAGCACUUUUUUUUUACAAAAACGGCUCACAUGUCAUUCAUUCAUACUAGAGACCACAACUAGACAUUUUAAAAUGAAAGAAAAAACGACGGAAGGUGACCUUUAAGGGUUUUAAUUGCGCCUUAUAGUGAGAAAAAUACGGUAAUCAGGACAUCCCUACCUCCUUAUCUCUCUCUCUUUCUCUUAUUAUCUCAUUAUCUCAUUAAUAGCUACUGGAUGACUGAAGAAUGAAGCUCAUGUGACUGUUCUUUAUUUAUAUGUGUUUUCUGUUAUUUAAUUAACUUAAUCAAUGAAGUCCAACCAACCAAAGGCCAUCAAAUCAAAUAUUAUGUAUGGGUCAAACUGUGGGCACACUGUUACAGAUGCAGCUGAUUGCUGAAGUUUGUUCUAAAAAUGUUGGAGUAUAACCUGUAAGCUGGGUUGAAUGGAUGCUGAAGGUACUGGGGUCAGGCCUGGGAUCAGUUGUGUUACAGUUGUGCGUGUCCCUGUGGUGGCACAACAUCUACUGAAGAUCUACUGAAAGAUACCUAUGAUGUGCCAUUGCUGUAAGAAUGUGUAGUGUGUUCUCAGUUACUCACCACUGUAGCUUUUACUGUAUUGUUUUAUGUAUGUUCUGGAAUGUUUCGUAGUUUGGUGGAGGGUAAAAACACUGUUUGUAAAAUACGAAUGUAUUUUUUAUUCCCCAGUACGUAUAAAAAGCAACUACACCUCAAAACAA